AUGCCCGGGAGGAAGGCGCGUAAGAUCGCUCCACCGAGCCCACCGCGGGCUCCGGCAGGUACGGACCCCCCAGGCCGGGAUCGAGAGCCUGAAGUUGAGUGUGCCAAUCAACUCCGGAGAAUUGGAGACAAACUGAGUUUCCGGCAGAAACUGCUGAAUCUGAUGUCUAAACUCUUGCCUUCAGGAACAUGA